GAUUAUAAAUUACAAUAACAAAUCAUCAAAGUUUGGUAAAAUUGUGCGAAGAGAAUAAUAUAGAGGUAGAGGUCGAAAGCGAGGGAAUUGAUUAAGAAAUGUUGAAGGAAUCAGAACAGAAUUGGAGAAAACAAGUGAAUUGCAAUGUUGAGCGUCUCCAUUCUCUGUUGUUUGCGUCGGAAUUAGCUCUCCAGAAGCGAGAUUUCAGUUGCGCUCAAACCCUGUGUCUCCGUCUCAUCGGUUUUCUCGAUUCCCGCGUCGCAAACGACGUGGAUGAGUCGUUCGUCCUCCCUAUUCGCCGCCAAGCCAUGUCGAAUCUCCUCGCUGCCACUACUUCCCUCGUUCCCAUCUCCGAUAGCCAAGCAUUUGAACAAGCUGCCACAAGUCCAGGCAUUAUUUUUCGCAAGCAACAACAUUUCGACAUUAAUAAGAUUAUGCAGUUAAACUACUCUCAACUUGUGUCAAACCAACUGGAAAACGAAAACCAAAUUGGUACUAGGGACAAUAAUUUAAGUGGCAACACUUCAAAACUUCUUAUACAGAAGAACUUGGAUGACUUUUUUGGGAACUUGUCAAGUGCCAAUGCGACCUCCGCUAAAGCUUCUGUUACCCGCAAUAAUAACACUUCCGAUGAUUGCAUUGUUGUGGAGAAGCCUCCUUCUCGUCAUAUUAACUCUAGGGAUCUUGGUGCCUCUACUUCGAUUAAAGCAGAGGAAGAAGAAAGGGCUCAUGGUACAAUUUUGGGAUCCAAGAGAGCUUACGUUGAAACCAGAAGCACAAGAAAUGAAACAGCUAUGUCUCCAUCAUGCGAUGGACAAGGGGAUACUGAUGUUUCUGGAAAUGGAUUUGUGACUGCUAGAGCAAAACUGGAAAUGGAUGCCAGAAAAAGACGAGGAUUGGGUGGAAUGCAAAGUCCAACAGUCUCCCCACUCAGCGAUAACAGUGGGAACAACAGAGGGUGUGGUAAUAGAUCUUUCGGAUACACACGUCGUGGAAUUCGUGGUAGUUUUGUUCCCCCCAUCAGAUCCAAAGAGGGUGGUGUGGGAAAUGUGACUUCACGUAUUGCUCGACCUGCUGGUAAAGGCAACGAUGCAUUAGAUGACUCAACGCAGAGAUGUUUGGAUAUGCUAUGUGGUCCAGAUGGUGAACUUCCAGAAAAAUUACGAAAUCUAGAGCCUCGCCUUAUAGAGCAUAUCAGCAAUGAGAUAAUGGACCAGGAUCCUAACGUUCGGUGGGAGGAUAUUGCUGGCUUGGAUCAUGCCAAAACAUGUGUUACUGAGAUGGUUAUAUGGCCUUUGUUACGUCCAGAUAUUUUUAAGGGAUGUCGUUCUCCAGGGCGUGGUCUUCUUUUAUUUGGCCCUCCUGGAACAGGUAAAACGAUGAUCGGAAAAGCUAUUGCAGGAGAGGCCAAGGCAACUUUUUUCUAUAUCUCUGCCAGUUCAUUAACCAGCAAAUGGAUUGGUGAGGGUGAAAAACUAGUGAGGGCACUUUUUGGGGUAGCCAGUUGUCGUCAGCCAGCUGUAAUAUUUGUGGAUGAAAUAGAUUCACUUCUUUCGCAGCGCAAGUCAGAAGGUGAACACGAAUCAAGUAGGCGUCUGAAGACACAAUUCCUCAUUGAAAUGGAAGGCUUUGACAGUGGGAGUGAUCAAGUGUUACUUAUAGGAGCAACAAAUAGACCCCAAGAACUAGAUGAAGCAGCUAGGAGGCGACUUACUAAGAGACUUUACAUUCCCCUGCCUUCAUCAGAUGCAAGAGCCUGGAUUAUAAGGAACCUCUUACAAAAGGAUGGAUUAUUUAAGCUCUCAGAAGAAGACACAAACACCAUAUGUAAACUUACAGAAGGAUAUUCAGGAUCUGACAUGAAAAAUCUAGUAAAGGAUGCAUCUAUGGGUCCACUCAGAGAGGCUCUAAGACAGGGUGUUGAGAUUACAAAGCUAAACAAGGAGGAAAUGAGGCCAGUUACACUACAGGACUUUGAGAGUGCAUUGCAAGAGGUGAGGCCUUCUGUUUCUCUAAAUGAGCUUGGUAUCUAUGAAGAUUGGAACAAACAAUUUGGAAGUUUGUCCCUGUGAAGACAAAAUUGGUCUUAGUGUAUCGCUAGUUGCUAGACUUGGUACACCUGAAAUUGUAAGAUUCGAGUAGCAAUAGCAGAUGAGACAUGAUUAUGAUGCGGGAUUGCCGAACUAGUUCAUCCUGGUACUUUUCACUACACAUGCACUAGCAGUAAAGUAAUAUAUUUGCCUAAAGUUAAAAAAGAGAAAGCAUUAAAGAGCUAUUCAAAAUUUGGAAAGUGCGGUAUUCAUAUUA